CUUUUUUGCUAUUGACUUCCAGUCGGUUGUUCUCCUGUGUAGACCAUCAUAAUUCAAGGGUUAUCCGAGGUGACUUCAAGUCCAAAGAUCAUGUCAAGACCGUUCCUCUUUUUUCUACUGUCAGCUGGACUUCUGAGUUGUGUGAAGCCCGUUGUGUGCGCGGGGGCCAAGAAGUCAAAAUCCCUCCAGAUGGAGGCCGUAGGAACUGAAGAAUUGGACUUCAAGGAGAAACUGGUGCUGGAAGCCUUCAACAAGAUGGUGGUUUCAGGAAAGGUCAAGCUUCAAGUAGAACCUUGCGCGGACCCGGAGAAUCUACCAUCAGGUUCAUAUGACGACAUCUUGGUCUAUCGCAAGCUCAAAAUGAAACCAACCAAGACCGGUCAGAGAGGAGAGGUGGUCGGAGGACUGAGAGUGGGUCGCAGCAUCGUGGUCAGAGGGCGAGUCAACCAGGAUCCGGAACGCAUAACCGUCAACCUGGUGAGCGACAAGAGCGACACCGCGCUGCACCUGGGUCCUCGUUUCAAUUCGCUUGGCUACGUCAACGUGAUCGUGGCUAACUCCAGGCUGGCCGGCGUGUGGGGUACGGAGGAGUCGCAUCGCCAGUUCCCCUUCGCGCCUGGACAAUACUUUGAGUUGGUCAUCUUGUGUGAAACAGACUCUUUCAGCGUGACCGUCAACGGUCAACACCAACUGGACUACAACUACCGAGUGGUCGACCUAAAAAGCAUCACGGCCGUGGAUGUGCACGGCGACAUGACGCUCAUAGAUGUCAGGAUGAAGUGACAUCGGAAGCCUGCCGGGAUGAUGGCAUGCGCUCUACAUAUUUACUGCUGCCACCUGUUGUGUCACUUGAUGUUCAAUGACAAACACUAUUCUGCACUCGGCUUUGUGCUCAUUCUAUUCAUUAAACAGCAUGAAGAAUGACGCUCUGUAUUUGAUGACUUUUACACUGGUUUCUCAAUUUUGGUUCAAUA